AUGUUGGCGGACGUGAUGGAGUGUGGUGCGACGUGGGUGCAAUUUCAAGACGCCUGUGCAGAUCUGGCAAGCCACACUGUUGCAGAGCUCUCCCCCGACCAGGCAGCAGAAGCACGCCAGGCGCUUGAAACUCUAGACGUCAGUCUCAGGGAGCUCUUUGCAGACCCCAACUUCAACCUUCUGUCCUCCCCCCUAGCCUGGGUUCGAACAGCGGGCUGGUUCUCAUUCGGGCUGUGCAUAGACGCCGGUACCAAGCUAGAAUCGGGUCUCCCUUGCUUUAUGACCAGACUUUUAGUAGCGGCAAUUGAUGGCAUUGGUGGAGAUCUGGAGUGUCACGAGGCCCUGUAUGUUGUGAGGAAGCUUAUAGCUUCUGGACUCGAUCUCCCGAAGGCCCUGUUGAACGCAGUGGUGGCAUUGGCUUCGGCUUCUGGAACGGGCUGUUUGGAUGUCGCCAGCCCCGAAACAGGGCCUCGAAAAGCUGCGGAGACGGUGGAACACGCGACAGGACAGCGAUUGACACCGGACGCGUUCGACGAUUGGGACGAAAUAGGGCCUUCAAUGAAAGUGUCAAGAGAAUCAAGCUUUGGUGUCAAGCAUGCCUCUCGCAACGGGUCUCCUACUGGGAGCCGAUUGGAAGAGGGGUCUCGGAGCCGGGGGGGUAGCGGACUGAGCGUCGUAAGCUAUGCAAGUGACACGUCAGCAUCUGACACGUCAGCGACUGAGGCGGCGAGAAGUACUUCGGCUAGCCGUGCAGAUACGGACGUGGUUAGGAACGGGUCAACAGACGGGGCUCUGUUAGCCAGCCGAUUAUAUGGUUCUGGCAGCGCAGAGCAGAUUUCUGGGUCAGAAGGGACGGAGUCGUCUCAAAGCAGGCACUGGAGUGCUUGGAGUGACACGAAUGGCAACUGGUCAGAGGAAAAAGACUCUAGGAGCCGGAAUGCGAGUGUCAAAAGCUCAGGGAGGGGUGAUUGGACUGACACUGAAGCCGGGUCUGAGGGCAGAGCAGCGAGGAGCAGUGAAGGCAGUGUCAACCACCAGGGGGGAGAAAGGUCGCCAGCACUCAGUCGGUCGAAGCAGGGGUCCUUCCAAAGUGACCCCCCCGAAACGGAGCUCGGCUCAACCAGAAAGAGUUCAGAGGUUUCGCGGCAGAAAGGAAACGCAAAUCCAAAAGCCGCUGAAAUUGUCCACGUCUGGGGGGUACAAAGCAGGCCUGAGGAGAGACCCCCCGGGCCGAAGUGGGAAGCGACCGGGCUUCUGAUCGCGUUAAUAUCAACCGGGCACGAGGGAGCGCUUCUGGUCGCCCAAAGCCGAGGGCUUUCCGCACUCUUGCGUGGCCUCCAGGAGUGCCCGGGGGAUGGCGAGGCCCUGCGGCUAACGAUCGCGGCCGCGAUCGCACUCCUUUUGAGCGACCCCGCCUGCCGCAAGGCCGCUUCACAGGGCCCUUCGAGCGUUCUGGCGCCGCUGGUGUCGCCCUUCCUGGACGCCGCGAUCGAGACGAAGCGGAUUUCCGGUGAGAAGGGAGCGGAAAGGGAACUAGAGCGGACUCUGAGGGCGAGCGGAGAGGCCUUGCUGGCAGUGGCGAGGAGCUGGAGCGGGCUGUUUCUGCUCGGGGGGAUGAGGGACGGAAGACGGGGAACGGAAGCCGGAAAACGGAACGGCGGAACGGACGGAACGGACGGAACGGAUUCGAACCGGUCGCUGCUCGGAGACUUGGUGGUGGCCCUGCGAGUUACCAAGAGCCAGCUUGUGAAAGCUUCCAUCCUCGCAGUUUUCGCCGGCCUCGUCUUCCAAACCUCCCCCUCCCAAACCCUUCUCUUAAACCCAGCCCAAACUCCUGUCGGUACGUACCUUUCUGUCCUCUUAUGCGCCAUCAACGCCGCGGGUCUUCCGUCCGCGCUCCACGACCUAACCCUGCAAACGGAUUCCGAUCCGGCGGAAAACGGAAGACAGAAAGCAGCGGCAAAUGGACACACGGCACUGCGGUUGUUGUGCCACGUGGAGAGAUUGUCGGCGGCGCUUCUGCCGAGCGUGUUGCGGGAAAGCUCGGAGACUGCGGUGGACUUUGUCGGCGACGUCAUCAGCCAAACAGAAGCCGGUCUGGGUAAAUCAAAAUCUACCCAGAAAAGGAUAGCAGACGAAACCUCGCUCCUCUGGUUGGAAACGUUUUCCAGCUCAAAGGAGAGCAUGACUUCCUCGAGGCCGAUCCUAGGUCAUAGUGACUCCGGUCGCCACAGCGCGGACGGUUACCGAAACCUUCUGCAGAAAACCCGCGGUUUGCGGUCCGCUCACUCUUUGCCCGCCCAAUACCGCCUCCCAACGAAGCCGCUCGACGACGCCUCCGAAACGGCCUCCUUCUCCGGCCUGGACAGCAUCGGCGUCAAAGCCACAAUCUCCACUCUGGACAGCACCCGGUUGACUCCCCCGGCCGGCUUUACGGUCCCAGAAUGGGACGCCGAAGACCGGGAAACGCUGAUGAGAGCCUCGGGAGUGGUCGAAAAACGGUCGAAGGAGUGGCUGAAGUGGGAUUGGGACGUCAUCCGGACCAUAGUCUCUGGUCCGUUGAGAAACGGUCCCGGAAAAUUCUCUCACGGCAGUAAGUUUCUGAAACGGCUGACCGGAUUCUUUGCGAAGCGCCUCCCGGGGCUUUCCCCUGGGGAGGAACCGGGGCGGUGCUUGGAUGUCGGGCGAGAACUAGUAGCGGCACUGUUGGAGACGGACGAGGGCUGCGCGUAUCUGAGCGGGCGGGGGAGCAAGAAGAGCAAGCAGGAGUGCCUGCUCCUCGAAGCGCUCGCGAGUGGACUGCGCGCGGAGCUCGCGCACACCGGCCGCGAUUCGAAGCCGCUCUUCAGCCGCGAAAACCUCCGCAGAACCCUGGCGCCUCAGUUCCUGGCCCUGAUGCUGACGUCACUGACGGGAAACGAGCGGGGCAAUCUCCUGCUAGAGAAGGCGGGCGUUCUGGCCAGUGUGAAGGCGCUCCUUUCUGGGAACGGGAGCUUUUCUUUCCAGAAGCUGCUCCUCCAGCUCAUCAAUUUCGGAACGGACGGCGACCAGAGACAGCUUCUGACCGCCGCCAUGACCAACCCGCAUUCCCCAUCCGCGCGCGCCUUUGCCGUAACGCACGCAGCGCGCCUCCUGCGCGCGCGCUUCGAGGCUGCGCGCCCGUCGCACGCGGCAGCCACGGCCGCGGCCCCGGCCGCGCCUUUCGAGCGCUGGCUGAUGCAGCGGUUGCUGACGCAACUUUCGGACGGCGACGCGAGCGUACGGAAACGGGCGUCGGACGCGUUGGAGAGCGGCUGCGCGGGGCUGCAGGGUUUCACGGAGCUUUUAGUGUCUCUCGUGCCACGUGUCGAGGGGCUGUUGGUCGAGGGGGACGCGCUGGUCCUGGCGGUGCUGGCGUCGGACGCAGGGUUCGAGUUUCUGAAGAGUUGGACGAACAACGACUCCACGGGCGGCGCGGCCGCGUACGCGCGCCUCGCCGAGCGCGCAAUCUUCCAAACCCUGCUGCGCCAAACCCCAAACCCCUCGUCAGCCCAAACCUCCCUUCGCGACCCAGACUUCAACCCAGGGUUUGAGGGAGCCAGUUCGGAGGAACGCUUGCCGCGGCACUUUCUAGGCGCGCUUGCCGCGAGCGCGCAGGGUUUGGAGGUUCUGAAGUCGUGCCACGUGUUGCGAACCGCGGCGGCGAAGUUGCUCGAAUCUGGGGGGGGAGAUCGACGAGGCGCGGCAUGGAGCUUGGGACACGUGGCGGCCCGCGGCGGCGCGGCCGCGGUAUACGUGAUCGAAACGGGGGGUUUAGCAAACCUGGAAAGGGGGGUUAGAGGGGCGGUUGGGAAUCUGGGCCUUAGGGGGACGUUUCUACAGGCGUUGACGCUAGCAGCGGCAAGCCCGGAGGUUAGGACGUGGUUAAAGGCCCGGCAGUGGGUUACACGAGCGGACAAGGAUCGAGGAAAUUGCGGGAUCGAAAAGAACUCUGGACCGUUGUACGGCAGCUUAUUCGACGCUUCGAACGGGAGCGAAGUUGGGACGUCCGAGAGCAUUCCUGACCGGUGGGAUUCGGACAGCUCCGUCGAGAGCUUGGGCGGGUUUCUGAAGGAGCCGAUUCCCAACGCCGAAACGGAGACUGCGUUCUACGACCAGCUCUUUGGGGUUUCGAAAUCAAAAGAGAUCCCCGCCGUUCCGGCGGAAGCUCGUUCCACGGCCUCCGAAAGAAAAUCGUCGGACAGAGCAGAGGACGCAUUGGGGCAGCUGGGAUCAGCCGUGCAAUACGAGGAAGAAGGGGUUGAAGGAAUGGACUUGCCGGCUUGUAUUUGCCUCCCAAAAGCCACCAGCAUCCUCUUUUCUUUGCCCUCGGAUCGCGCGCUAGAUUGCGCAAGCCGGUAUCGCGUGACGCUUCGAGAAGCAACUAUGGAAGGCAGGAGUCGAGCUGCAAAGAUCUUUCCUGAAGAUGGUUUAGAAGGAAGAGAGGGCGACCCGUCAAGCAAAGCGACGGCUGCGAUGGUCGCCCCACCCUUGGAAAUGUCUAGCGGAGAACAGAAUGAGCUUUCUCGAGACGGAGAGUCUGCCGUUCCUAAGAUUGGAGCUUCUGCGGAAAUAGGAGGAUUCUCGAGGGAAUCCUCAGGCACCGCAGGCGUGAACGGAACGGAACAGCGGACGUGCGGAACAGGCGCCGGCGCCGCCCAUGAACCGACCGAGGUCCGGGAAGAAAAGAAAGCAGUGGCACUGCUGAACGGCUUGUGUAAUCCCGUAACGGCGGCUGAGAGCCGCGCCGAUCUGGAGGAGCUGCUGGAAGGGUACCCGCAGCUUCCGGACGGAAUUCCGUUCCGGUCAGCAGCACGGACGCUGCUGGACGAAUACCACUUCCCCCGCUCUGUGAGGCUGGCAAUCCACGAGAUGGGAAGAGGGCGUGCGCACUGGCAAUGA